AUCUGGCGGUGAAGAUAAAGGAAGCUGAUUUUUCCUGGGAGAAGGCUGGCCCUACAACUCUUAAAAGCAUCAACAUGGAGGUUCCUCAGGGCAAGCUGGUAGCGGUGGUGGGGACGGUGGGGUGUGGCAAGUCCUCCCUUCUCGCCGCUUUGCUGGGGGAGAUGCAUCAGCUCAAGGGAUACUCAAAUCUCAACUCUUCAGUGGCGUACGUGCCCCAACAAGCGUGGAUCCAGAACAGCAGCCUCCGAGACAACAUCCUAUUCGGCAGCCCUCUCUCCGCCAGGUACCGCCACGUCAUCGCGGCCUGUGCCCUGCAGUCAGAUCUGGACAUCAUGCCGGCCGGGGACGCCACGGAAAUCGGGGAAAAGGGCAUCAACCUAUCUGGCGGACAGAAGCAGCGUGUGUCCCUGGCCCGUGCUGUGUACAGCCAGGCAGACAUCUAUCUCCUGGACGACCCGCUCAGUGCAGUGGACAGUCACGUGGGCAGACACAUCUUUGAACAGGUCAUCGGCAAGGACGGCUUGUUAGGUCAUAAGGUGAGAGGGCAGGGUGGUUGGGGUAGGGGGGGGACCAAAGCCAAGAUGGUCAAAGCAAAAUUGCAGCACUAA